AGUCGCAGCUCAGCCCCGGUAGAGUGUAGACGUGAAUUGGCCAACGUCGUCAAUAUAAUAACCAACAGUUCAACUCUUCUCGUCGUUUGUGUUGUCGGUUCGGAUUUUUCCAACUGUUUUCCUCCCCUCUCUUUCUUUCCACCCACCGUGCAAAUUCCCCAGCAGUGCAAAAGUUUCCAAUAACGUGAUUGUUGUUUGAUUCAUUCGAAAAGAAUAUCGCCAUGGCUUCCGGUGAUGUGGCGAGGUGUCGAAACCUCUGCGCCGCCCUGUUGCUACUCAGUGCCAUCCUCCUCGUCCCCGCCGAAUCGUCGAUGAAGAGCAUCGAACAGCUCGUGAAAUCACGAAGACACCGUGACGCGUCGUCGUCUGAAUACGACGUCGAAGCUCUACUCCGCCAGGAAAUCACCAUCGCCGUCAAGCGCGAUUCAUGCAGCAGUCUGUUUUGCGGCCGCGGACGCGAGUGCCAGAUGAACUCACAGGGUCACCCGGAGUGCGUUUGCGUCAGGAAGUGCCGCCGACAUCACAAAUUAAUCUGCGGCACGGACGGAAUUCUUUAUUCCAGCCACUGCGAGCUGCACCGGUCCGCUUGCUUAUCCAAUCAGCCCAUCGCUAUCGAUCACACUUACCUCUGUCUACGUCGGAGAGAAGGCAACAAAAGCAGCGGCGAUAGCAGCAGCAGCAGCAGCAGUCCUAUCUCCAACGAAGAUGAUGGAGUCCAGCAGCAGCAGCAACAUUCUGUGAAAAGUGACAGAAACAGUUGGACAACGGCCACCGUCCAGUCGACUUUCUCCGUUGAGACAUCAGUCGCCGGAUCGGUUGACUCGUAUUCGAUGAUAUCCACGACGUCAGAGACGGACCAGGCCGAGCCGCAUGCCAGGAGUAGCAGCAGCAGCAGCAGCAGCACCAGUCAGUCGGAGCCGCUCCCAAUCGAUUCCUUCUUGACGCCAGCUUCUUCUUCAAUCUGCUCCCAACAAGAUUACGAAAUCCUCAAGGACAACUUAUUGUUGUAUAAUCACGCCCGGCUCUCUUCCAUGGAAGACGGACACAGCAACGCCGGAAGCAAAGACUACCUGGUCAGUCUCAUGUUCAGCCACUACGAUCUCAACAAUAACGGAUUACUCGAAGCACAAGAGCUGUCCAAGACGUUUGAGGAUGAACAUCUUUCUCAGCUGUCCAAAGAGUGUUCCUUGUCGGACAUGUUGGCCUACGAUGACGUCGAUCACGACACCCAUCUCAAUCUCAACGAGUUCUACGCCGCCUUCAGCAAGCUUUACAGCGUAUCUGUUGUGUCGCUGGACAAAGCCCUGGAAUUGAAUCAAGUUUCGGCCCGAGUUGGCGACAAUAUCGAGAUCAAGUGCGACGUGACGGGAUCGCCGACACCUCCGAUCGUUUGGCGGCGGCACGGACUGGACUUGGCCCAGUUGGCCGAAGACGAGCUCAAAGUCUUCCCCGACGGAGCCCUUUACAUUAACAACGUCCGGCUCAUUCACGCCGGCAACUACACCUGCCACGCCCAGCGCAACAAAGACGUCGUCCAAACGCACGCUCUCCACGUUCACACUUUGCCCGAAGUUCGCGUGACACCGCGGAUACAAUCGCGCCGGCCUGGGGACGACAGCCUGAUGAAAUGCCACGCCGUAGGAGUGCCUUUCCCAAAAGUGGAGUGGCUCAAGAACGACGAGCCGCUGCGGAGCAGCGCCGGCGAGCGGAUCGAGUCGAUCGGCUCUUACAGCGGACUGAAAAUCCACUCCAUCAACUUUGCCGAUACGGGGGCCUACAUGUGCCAGGCCAGCAGCAUCGGAGGACUCGCCCGCGACAUUUCUUCUUUAGUCGUCCAAGAUGACUCCACGCCCAAAGAAAGCAGCCUGCUGAGCGAGAGCAAUAAGAAGUUUUUCGUCUUUCAUGAUUGGGGUGUUUCCGUCUACGAGCCGCAGAACUGUCGGCUGCUACACAUGAUCCAGUCAACGGACAUCAUGCCUGGAACGCAAGACUACGUUUGCGGCUCCAAGGGCGUCAACUGCAGCUGGGGACGUGCCAUCGCCGUGGCGGAUCGCUACAUCUACGUCACGCAACCCAACAAAGACCGCGUUCUCGUCAUCAGCAACAUACAAAUGGUCGUCGUUGACGUCAUCAUGACCGAUCGAUACCCGGUAGACAUCUUUUACGUGGAACAUCUGGACCAGGUCUGGAUCGUCAACUGGCGAGAUGAGGAGGAUCACGGCGUCAAGACGAUCCAGGUGAUUCGGGAGGCCAGUCAGAAGAAGAAGCACCACACCGUUCAUCCGGAGCCGAUCGACGGCCACUUUGAUUUGGUUUAUUCGCUCUUCAUUCCGCCCAUGCAGGAGUACGGGCAUCGUUACAAGUACGGCUACGUAUCGCAUACCAAUCAGCGCGGCCUUUACAAACUGAGUCUGCCAGCCAUGAAGUAUGUCAAAGCCAUCGAUUUGGCUCCGUACAACUGCGUCCCGCGCUCACUCCAGUACUCUUCUUUAUAUGGCCUCGUUAUCAUGGAGUGCGAAGAGCCCGUCACCAGACGACCAACCGGUCAGAUCGUCAUGGAUUACCUGACAGACACCGUCCUCAGUCACAAAGUGACUCUGCUCGGCCAGCCGUACAUCACUCCCGACAGCCGCAUCGUCGUCACGGUCCAUCGUGAAAAGACCAGUGUCACCCUCAUCGUCCAGCACACCACAGAAGACGGGCUGAAAUUUGCCUUUGACGUGCGAACAACUUUGAACGUCAGUCACGUUAUCUUUCAUCCGUCGACCACAUCGCACAGCUACGACCUGUACGCGACGUCGGCCGACAAGGGGGACGUCCUCUUCCUCAAUCUGGAAGCAGGAAAAGUUGAUAUCAUUACGGGAGUGGGUAAACCACUGGACAGUCACUUGAGCGAAUGGGGUGCCCCAAAUCGCCCGAUUGCCAGCGCCGGCCUUUUCGGUACUUACCUGAUUAGUCCAGCCAACGAAGCCAUUUUUGUCAUCAACGGAGACACGCGCACUGUCAACUGCGAAAUCGGCGGAUUGGUGCACCCGCGACACGUCAGCUGGAUCAAUUCCCGGCCGUGAGUCCAUCCCCCGAAAACCCGAUCUCUCGAUCAUCACGAGUUUUGAGCUCUGCAUAAAUCUGCCGCAAAAUGUAUGGCGCGCGCAUCACAAGUUGGUCGUUUCGAAGAUGAAAAAAAAAAAUACUUAUAAAUUGUAUAACUCUUUCUCUUUGCUAUAUUUUGAAUUGAUCCCGUCUAUCAGAUAUUUAAUUCUAAGUCACUUUCUUAUUUCCUUAUCGUGUGCAAAAAAAAAUAAUGGAAAUGCAAUUUUUUUUUAAAUAAUUAAGUUGAAUUCACCUCAUAAUUAUCAGUUUAUCACUUUGAUGUGUUGGCCCAAGUCGUAGAAUUUUUAUUUUUAAUUAUUUUUUGAAAUUCUUGAUUUAUUUUUUCGACUUCAUCUUUCCCAGACGGAGUUGCUUUUUCAAAAAAGAUAUAUCAGUCAGUCAUGAAGUCCUCCUGAUUGCCGUAUGAAAUUUGCAUCUCCUCGUAGCACGGCUAUUCAAGUCCUACAUCGUAAUACUAUAUUACUCUCAACAAAUCCAUCACGUUCAUUAUACUAUUUUGUCUAGAAUAAAAAUUGGAUUGGCAUCUG